AUGGUAGUAAUGGAAGGAAACCAGUCCAACGGCCAGAUGCCACCCAAUCAGAACCUAAUGCAGAUGAACCCCCAAGGCCCCUAUUUUCAUCAGAUGCCCAAUCAGAUCCCUCCUCAAUUUAUGAAUUUCCGUGGCAACGCUCCAGUCCAACAUAUCUCAGUACCCAGCUCAGCCGCCCCACCUCCUCCACCACCUUCAACCACAUCCUUGAACCGAAGUCAACGAUGUGGAGUGUGUCGUGGCUGCCAAUGUAAACCCUGUGGUCAAUGUACAUACUGUCAAGACAGUCCACAGUUCGGAGGUCCUGGAGUUAAGAAGCAGUCUUGUGUGGAACGACGAUGUCUACGAGUUUUGGAGAACCGACUUCAACGUGAUGCGCCCACGUUCAAGGCUCGAGUAGGAUGUAAUCAAUGUGAAGAUUGUAAGCUACCUGACUGUCAGACCUGUUUAGUAUGUUUGGAUAAACGGUUUUUCGACAAUCGAUACAUGACCGGUGCUUUAUGUGCGAAGAAACGGUGUAAUAACGCGACGAGUUUGGAGCUACCGAUUCAGAAUAACAACGAUAGGAGUGUAAGUCUUCAAUUGUGGUUUAAAAGUUUAAAAUCCUUAAAACUUUUUCUAAAGAUUUAGAAUAAAGAUUUUUAUACCAAGUAAAACGUUUAUAAUCAAAGCCACCAUCAUAUCGGUUAGCCUGAUACAUUUUACAAACAAACAAUUUCAGUCGAUGAAACGCUCGUACGACCACAGUAAUAACUUUGAAUACGGUGGAAAACGACCAAUGAUGAAUAACGGAAUAAUGCCACAACAGAUAAUGAUGCAGCGACAAAUCAUGCCCAUGAUACCUCAGGAUCCAUACGCCAUCGUGCGGCUACAGAACAUGCAGCAGAUGCCUCCUCAACAGAUGCCACACAUCAACAUGCAACAGUUCAACUCAAAUAGGUAAGUUACGUCGUCUUUGGCACAACCUUGAUAUUAUUUUUAAAUUUAAUAUUAAAGCCUGAAUCGGAAUUCAAAUGCCUUUUUUGCCAUUUUAAAAUAAAGUUUAAAGUCCUUAGGAUGUCAUGUAUAACAUUCCAUUUUCAGCCUUUUAAUGCCAAUGAAUCCACCCCCAAACUCGAUGAACGACAACUCCCUGAUCAACUCCCAGAACUCCCUGCUCACGAUAAAAGAACACCCCCAGCUGAUAAAACAAGACUCGGCGGAACAAAACCCACCCACCCCCAACUCCAUGCCUACCCCCACCUCCUCGAUGAACCCCCAAAAUGGUCAAUGCCACCAACCACCAGCCUCGACCAAUCUCUUGAUGAAUAACACUACCAUGAACGCCCCUGUCAUGACAUCGUCGUCACCGUCAAUGUACUCAUACAGCCCCAUCAACAACGUCAACAGCCCCUACAUGAACUACAAUGGCACUCCCCCCAACUUCAUGCCCAAUGACAAGAUGUUCUAUGGUGAAUAUCAGGACAUGAAGCAGGGCCAGAAUGGGGUUGAUCCUUUUACCCCUCCCAGUUACGCGCCCGAGACUAAAAGUGCGGUUAUUUUACAGCAACUGUAG